UCCCUUUCCCCUCAUCCAUCACAGUACUUAGUAUGCCCUCAUCAGCCGGAGGAGUGGUAGAGACUUUCAAGAAUCUGUUAAGACACGGCAAAAACCACAACCACGUUCAACGAGAGCAACAACCCGCCCCUCCUCAAGCUGACACCCCACCUGCCGAUGAUGCCAUGUCUCGCGAAGCUGCAGAACAGAUUGUGAAGCAAGAGCGUGAGCUCAAGGAGCAGAUGCCCUCCUACAAAGGUCUCGAGAAUUUCCAGAUUGUUGAAAAGAUGGGAGAUGGAGCGUUCUCCAAUGUAUACCACGCCAUAGAUCUGACAACGAACAAGAAAGUCGCCGUCAAGGUCGUUCGUAAAUUCGAGCUCAACGCGUCACAGGAUGGGGAUAAGCACCUGAAUCCCAAAUUCAAAAAGAAGCCGCGCGUUACAGAGCGCGCCAAUAUACUCAAAGAAGUCCAAAUAAUGAGGGGCACCAACCAUCCCUCCGUCGUGAAGCUUAUAUCCUUUUCUGAAUCUGAUGAGCACUAUUUCCUCGUCCUCGAAUUAAUGGAGGGCGGAGAGCUGUUCCACCAGAUCGUCAAACUCACAUAUUUCAGCGAGAAUCUGUCGAGGCACGUUAUUCUCCAGGUCGCUCGCGGCAUUCGGUACCUGCACGAGGAGCGAGGUGUCGUUCAUCGGGAUAUCAAACCCGAGAACCUGCUCUUCCAGCGAAUCCCGAUCAUACCCUCGAAGACACCGAUACAUCGACCUUAUGAUGAGGAAAAAGAAGACGAGGGCGAAUUUAUUCCUGGAGUUGGAGGUGGUGGAAUCGGCCGUGUGAAGAUCGCCGACUUUGGCUUGAGCAAGGUCGUUUGGAACGAAGAAACGAUGACUCCAUGCGGUACUGUGGGGUACACCGCGCCCGAGAUCGUGAAGGACGAGCGCUACAGCAAGAGUGUAGACAUGUGGGCUCUCGGGUGUGUGUUGUACACCCUUCUUUGCGGAUUCCCACCGUUCUACGAUGAGAGCAUCAAUGUUCUUACGGAGAAGGUCGCGAAGGGAUACUACACCUUCCUGAGUCCCUGGUGGGAUGACAUCAGCGCAUCAGCCAAAGAUCUGAUUCAGCACCUUCUCUGUGUUGAUCCUGCUCAACGAUAUACGAUCGAUGAAUUCCUCGCGCAUCCUUGGUGCAACGCAGCACCGGCGCCACCGCCGCCGGCUACUCCUUAUGUGUAUGGCCAGCAGACAAUGGAUUCUCCGCUGUUGUCAGCCGCUCGCGGUGGUCGGGCCGAAGGCCGAAGCCCUGGAAUUGCGGUUCUCAAAGAAGCGUUCGACGUGACGUACGCAGUGCAUCGAAUGGAGGAAGAGGGUGCCCGCCGACGCAAGUACAAGGGGCGAGGCGGUGCGGGCGUUCGAGGCUUCCUUCAUGGCCUGAAUGAAGAUGAUGAAGAUGAGGAGGAGGAACCUGUCCCGGCCAAGGCGCCGAGCGCGGCAGGUCGUGCUGGCCCCCGCGAUCGCGGUCGUAACACGCAAUCUGGGCGCUCGUCCGGUGCCAAGACGUUCGAGCUCGACAUGGAUGCUGCGACAUUGCUUGGCCGACGGCAUCGGCAGCAGAAGGGCGCUGGGGGUGCUGGUGUCGGGCAUCGGAGCCCACUGGCCGGGAAUGCGAUGGGCUUCGAGGCAUUGCAUAUUUCUGGCAACGACGCCGAGCUCCCUCCAGGCAGCCCAAUGAAGAUUGUGUAACGACCUGCUCAGCCUGCGAUGAGAUGGACGAUUCGUUGCUCUCUGUGUUGUAUAUUUAUCUGAUUUGUAUUCGAGACGACGGUGCCAACGAUUUCUGCCCAGUGUGAGAGUGGAUACGGCAUAAUUACAUAAGCAGGCGAAUGGCAAAGUGCAGAGGCCUGGAAGUG